AUGUCCUCGUCUAAAGAGCUCACCUCCUCUCGUCCAGUUACGCCCCUGAACGACGUCGACUAUGCCCAAUGGGCAAAGGAGAUGUGGGCUUACUUGGCUGAGAACAAGCUCUGGUGCAUAGUCAUCGGAACCAUCAAGGAGCCGAGUGCAGGGGACCCGGAGCACAUCACCUACCUCGAGAAGUCGGCUCAGGCCGCUGGGGCCAUGUUCCUUGCUGUGGAUGCGUCGCAGCAUGUUCAUUUUACCGGGAUCGAGCUGGAUGCACCUCUGAUCUGGGGCAAGCUCCAAUCCGUCCACCUCCAGAAGGUGUCUGGGGCGCAUUACAACGCUCUGGACGCUGUUUUCGCCGUCAGAAGGCAGCCUGACGAGUCC